AUGGGGAAUACCGAUUCGCGAAAUAUCACUAUCUGCAGAGAGCACCUCAUUAAAUUAGCUAAUUCAGACAAAUCGAUCUAUAAUACCACGAAAUCCACAGUGGCUAAUAGAAAAUACGCCACUCUUUCCAAAAGGUUAUAUUUAGCAAAGAAGUCAAACUGGGACUCACAAGAGAAAAAUAUUAGUAUACCUUUGUUCACUAAGAAUGCAAGCCUAGAACAACUGAUAUCAAUUUAUAAAUUCCCAAGUAAUACUUCAUUUACUGAAUUCAAUUUAAUCUUUCAACAAUUUUAUAUGGAUUUUAAUUUGAUUAGUAAAACUUUGACUGUGGAGACCUUCAACACGUUAGUAUCAAAUGUUGAAUUGAAAAAAAUAAUCAACUCGAACUUUCAAAACUACAAGAAUUUAAUCAGAUUUUGUAUUUGGCAAAUUAUUUUCAUUACUAAUUCGCUAGACUUCAAAGAUUCUAACUCUUUGAAUGUACAAUUAGAAACAGUGAUUGGAUCUGUACGCAUAUUAACCAAAUUGAUUCCCGCGUACUAUGAUCAUUUAUCGAACAAUCCUAACAUUAUAGACAUAUUGUGGGAUAAUUCGAUUGAGUCAAUAAUGGAUACCACAUUUUUUGAAGCUCAUAAAACAACAGUCACACUAGAAUCAUUGGGACAAAUUCUAUUAAAGUCAAUCUUGAAGUUAUGUUUUGUACAGGGAUUCACUAUUCCUAUCACCCAUAAUUCAGGGCUCAUCAGUUUUGAAUACCUAUGGGAAAAUGGAAUUAAUACUCAUAAUGACAGUCCAUCAACCAACAGUUUAGAAAUGAAGGAUCAAAAUGUACGAUUCGAUUCCAAUCGGUUGGAAUUAAUAACUUUAUUGAUGGUCCUCAGUUCAACAGACUUAUAUUCGGAAAAAAACGCAUCAUCCAAGAAUAAAUUCCUAGAAAUGCUAAUAACAUUAGAUGAUGAAGCAGAACAAUACAAGUUAAGACAGCUGAUAAAUUCCCUGAUUAAUUUGGUAAGUGCAUACUGUCUGUCGUAUAAUUUACAACAGACGAAUCCUUAUCAGAAUUCUUCAUAUAAGCCAUCUUUAAAUCAAAAUUUAUCACAACUUAAAUCCAAUCUUGUCCAAACAUCACUGCAGUUCAUCAACCUAUUACUGCUGCAAGAUACCCAGGAGAAUAUCGUGAUUUCUUAUAUCAAAGGAUUUUUGAAAAAAGAAUAUGAUUUUAAGUUAAUCUUAUCUGCAAUUACGAAAGUAUUCAAACAUCCAAUCGAACAAGCUAUUGAACAGGAAUCAAACCCACUAAGUUUUGUAUCCUCUCGAGAAAGACCUGACAGUCGCAGUUACGUACAAACUCAGAAACAUGUAAAUAAUAACGAAAAUUAUGGGAACAAUCUCAGUAAUAAUAUCCCACAUUCAGUAGAUUCUGAAAGCUCAUCCAUAGCAUUACCACCUGUACCAAACAUAUUAUUCCAAGUGUUACUUUUUCUAACUAAUUUACUUAAAUUUAAUGAUCCAUUUGAAAAUUACUUUGCUGACAGGUUUUCACACAAAUUUAUUACAUUUGCAAUUUAUUAUAUCAAAUAUUAUAAAAGCACCAUUGAAUAUCAAGAAAACUUGAUUCCCUUAUGUUAUCAAUUAUGUCUGUAUUUGACUUCCAAUAAUUUGGUUCUUUACAAAUUACUACAAACAUUCACUGUAAGUUAUUACACAAACAAACUCCCGAAUUUUUACAAGGUUCCAAAUAUUGCACGUAUUAAUUUAUUAACUUAUAGAGACUUUAUUGUGAUUCAACUAAGUCAUUUGGCAAUAUCUGAUAUUAAAAAGAACUCUAUUUUGGAGCCCUUCAUCUUUGAAUUAAUUUAUAACAUUCUACCAAUUAACUCGAACGUGAUAGCGAAUGAAUCAGAAAAUCACGUGCUAUUAUCCAAUAAAAAACAUCAUAACGAGUCCAUCAAUUCUGAAACGCUAAGCUCAGAUAUAUUGAGCUACAAUACCAGUAUGGCAUUGCUAAACUUGCUGGCCAAAUUUUCCAAUAAAACAUACCUUUCAUCAUUUUCCAAGAACUAUUUCAACAAUUCUUACUAUUCACCGGAGCCUAACAAUAAUCGGAAUCCGACAGGAGAUCGUAAAGUUGUAUUACCAGGGUUAAGCUUGCCAGCAUUAAAAUUAGAUAUGCUAGCGUUAACUUUAAGAGCAAUGUUGAACUAUGUAAUAUUGUAUCCGCUUGAGUCGAAGAAUUUGACUAUAUUAUUAUCUCGCCAUCAAAAUAUACUGUUGCAGUUACGGGAUUCAAUUAAUUACAUUACAAAAAACCAUUCAACUAACAUUGAAGACUAUUUAUUGAUUGAUCAUCCUCUUAAAAGUAAUGAUAUGGAAAAUGAUGAGACUAUGACUGAAAAUGGUGACGAUAGUGAUAUCUCCAACAGGGAUAGUAAUGAAAGCCUAAGUACGCCUUAUUUGUUUUUUGAUAGAAUUCCUCCUGGCGAUUCUGACUCAGUUGAUAGUGAUGUCGAAGAUUAUAAUAAACGAAACGAUUUUAACCUAGGAAAUUCGAUGUCGGAUUCUAAUUCAACUGAGGCGGCCGGUGCUCAGAAGAGUUUGCAACUUUAUGAACAAAGUGAUUAUAAUAAACGGCUUAUUGUGAAUAAUAAAGACUUGUUUUUGCUUUUACAGCCGAUUAUGCCCGUUGGCUUGGGUAAAAACUCGAAGUUGAAAACUUUGAAAGAUCAGUCAUUUAAUCACGUUUGGACUGGGUUUGAAAGUCUAAAUAUUUUGUUAAGGGUUUCUAGGUUAAUUCUCGCACGUUUUCCUGAAUUAAUGAAGAUAAGUAGGAGUUCCGAAUAUUAUGAAAUAAUAAACAAUAAAUUUGUUGACUUCCAACCAACUUUGACUGAAAAGGUUGAAUCAGUUUUGCCAAUUUAUCUAAGAACUUUGAAGGUUUUCGAACCCCUAGUAUUUGAUUUAUCGACUGAAAAUAAGGUAUUUCAUGAGUGGCUGCUCAGAAGUUGCUGGGCCGAUAUUUUUAAUACCCAUUCGAAUCCAUAUAUGAAAUUGAACGAUUUUUUCAGUGAAAGCGAUCCAAAAAUGAACCUGCAGGAUCGUAAAGAUGCUAACUCAACUGUUUCUCCUUCACUCCCAGUGCUUGAGAGAUGGGCAUCUAAUAGUUCUACUCUAUCUAGAACAACAAGCAACGGUAGCUCUGUCAUGAAUUUAAUGGGGCAAGAUAAUAUAAGCAGUUCGAACACAAAUGAGUAUGGUAUUCCUAACGUUGGAAGUCAACCUAACCUAACUAGGAAGAAUAGUAAUUCGUCCUCAUUUUUCAAGUUGUCAUGGACAGGUUUUUAUAAGAACGACUCCAGAAAGGAUGCUAUUGAAGAAGAGGCUCCCUACGGAGCUCUUUCGAAUAAUAAUAAGGCUUUUAAUUUGGAUGCUGGCCUCCUUAAACCCAAUAUAUGGGCUGGUACCAUAAUCAAGCUAUUCCCUACAAUUGUUAGCGAAAAAGAGGAACAAUCAUUUUUGGAUAUGACGUCUUCGUUAUUGAAAAAAUUUAGAUUUAAUAGCAAUGCAUCAGUCGGUGCUAUACAACCUACUUCAGCAAAUAAUAUGUCAUCUCGCGGUUACAAUACCAGUACCAUUUCUGACAAUGCCAUACCGUUACCAAAAAGAUUUUACUGA